UCUGUGCACAGGACAUCUUGGCGAGGUCUCUGUAGACUCAACCCGGAUCAAGGACAUCUGCCGAGUUGAAGCCAGGGAUGUGAAGGGAAUCUUGCCCCUGAUGAUCCUAAUGGUGAUCGUUUUCUUGCUGCUUCUCUUCUGGGAAAAUGAGCUAACUGAGGAUGUUGUGCUGACGUCUAUGGAACAUUUGCAUGUGGACUACCCUCAGAGUGCUGUUCCUCUGAGGUACUGCAACUACAUGAUUCUACAGAGAGUCAUCAGGGAGCCUGACUACACGUGCAGAAAGGUGCACGUCUUCAUCCAUGAGAGGCCUCAGAAGAUCAACAGGAUCUGCACCUCCUCCAAGAAGAUGACUUGCCCAAACUACUCUGAAAUUUUCUGCUUCCAGAGUGACACAAAAUUCAGGAUGACAGUUUGUCAGCUCACUGGUGGCUCCAAAUACCCUGCCUGCAGGUACCAAAUUUCUCCCACAGAGGGGUUUGUUCUUGUGACUUGUGACGACUUAGGGCCAGUUAAUUUCCAGGGAUAUGUCGAAUGACUUGCCACCAGGAC